CUAAUGGGCUGGGAGAUUUAUUUCUGGAGGCCGAAUAAGCCCAGCUCUAUUUAUAAAUUAUCGAGUCCAACCCUAGAUACGUUUGAUUUCUCUGGUGCGCGGGACGGAGGAAGGGCAGCGCGACGGCGGAUAGGGCGGGAUUGUGCGUAUAAGUUCGUUUUAAACUUGAAUCGAUGGAGACGGCGGCGGCGGCGUAUGGAGCAAUGAAGCGGACUAAGAUAGGGCUGGAACAGCCCCAGGAGGAGUUGCACCGCAUCCGGAUUACACUGUCCUCCAAGAACGUGAAGAAUCUAGAGAAGGUGUGCGCGGAUCUUGUAAGGGGAGCGAAGGACAAGGGGCUGAAUGUGAAGGGGCCUGUGAGAAUGCCCACUAAGGUUCUUCACAUCACCACCAGGAAAUCUCCUUGUGGCGAAGGAACAAACACAUGGGAUCGGUUUGAGCUCCGGAUUCACAAGAGGGUUAUUGAUCUCCUCAGCUCUCCUGAGGUUGUGAAGCAGAUCACCUCCAUCACGAUUGAACCUGGUGUUGAGGUUGAAGUGACAAUUGCAGAGUCAUAAAAAGCUUAAUAGAUAUGCACUGCUAUUUUUCUUGAAAAAUAGUAUGAUUCUAAAUUAUGUAUGUAUUUCUCUUCAUUAUUGCGUCAUUCCAUUCCGUAAAAAGGAUGGGGAACGAGUCACAAUUAAUAAUUCCUUUAGAAGCAUUGAACACUCGUUGCCGUUUUGGAAUCUUUGAUUUUAAAUAGAGUUUUUGUUUUUCUAA